UUUCCCCGACAUCACUGACACUGGCACUGCAUCAUUUAUUUCAUUUGAUUAAAAAAAAAACAAAAAUAAGCACAGCAGCGUGCACACAUCGAACACACCUCUCUCUCUUACCAGUCCAGCGACCCAGGCCCGAAAACAACACCACUACUCACGCAGCCACCCAUCUUCAUCCUCUAUCUUCGCUAGCCACUGACUACCACAACGCCAACCACCCAAACCCUCUAUCUCCACCCGAGCCUCCAAACCAGCAGCCCCUUUUUCCCUUGCCACGAGAAACGACAAUCCCUCUCUCCCGUGAGCCCUCGCCAGCAGCAACCCCAUCGAUAGCAGCAAACCUCAACAGCCCUUAAGCUACCGACAGCCCAUUUCAACCCAAAUUCUCAUUGGAGACCACCUCUUUCAACGCCAGCCACCACAGUCACGCCGAACACAGAACCACUAGCUCACCAGGCCAACAAAACCACGAGCCUUUUCAACAACCCCACCAUCAAUGGCGACAGCCUCGUGAUGAAGAAGAAGGAGAAAGGCCGAUAAAGAUUGACCCUGCCACCCUUAUCGGCUGGUGGUGCACUGCACCUUCAUCUUCGGUUCGACGAGGUAGAGAAGAUCACGAUCCAUAAUCUAACGCGCCGGAUCCCUCGCCGGAGCUCACCGCCGACGGUGGCAGUUGGCCAGAGCUUUAAUCCAGGUUUCGAGGAAUUGAUUGUCUGACGCCAGCAUGACCCAAUAAACUGCCUUAAAGGAUGUAGGUGGCUGAGAAAGUCGAGGAAAUCAAUGACGCAAGUAGCAUAAACAACUGCUAAGAUUAAAACAAAGAGAAAAACAAAAUCAUAAAACAGUUGCUGUAUAAAAGAAAGUCAUUAAAUGGACAGCAAAACUACAUUAGAAUCAGAGCCUGGCUUCACGAUGUAGGCCAUGGAUGCAAAGAAAAUAAUAGCUAUAUGCCAGUCAGGUGGGGAGUUUGUGACAAAUGUAGAUGGAUCAUUGUCAUAUAAUGGUGGUGAUGCUUACGCGAUUGACAUUGAUCAGCACACCCGGCUGAGUGAUUUCAAAUCUGAAGUAGCAGAACUUUUCAAUUGUAGUGCUGAUAUCAUGUCUAUUAAGUACUUUCUUCCUGGGAAUAGAAGGACCCUUAUUACAAUAUCCAAAGACAAGGAUCUACAGCGUAUGGUUAAUUUUCUCGGGGAUUCAUCCACGGUUGAUGUCUUCCUUUUAUUGAAGGAUGUUGUGGCUUGCAAUGUAUCAAACAUCUCUGCUAGUAGGUCAAGCAGGACUACUGUAUCAGAAGCUGUGAUUCCUGUCGAAGCUCCUAUUGAUGUUGGUGUUGAUAUGGCCCAUACUGUUGGUGGGUUUGAUAUGGAUUUGUCCAAUGGAGAUCCUAUAUCCUGUAUACCUAUUGGAGUCAUUGAUGACAAGCAACGUAAAGCUGCACAACAGUGGGAGAACACGAUUACUGGUGUUGAUCAAAGGUUUAAUAGCUUCACUGAAUUCCGCGAAGCUUUGCACAAGUACUCAAUUGCACAUGGGUUCGCUUACAGAUAUAAGAAAAAUGACAGUCACCGUGUUUCUGUCAAAUGUAAAACCCAAGGUUGUCCAUGGAGGAUAUAUGCGUCAAGGUUGUCAACCACACAAUUAAUUUGCAUUAAAAAAAUGAACCCAAAUCAUACAUGUGAAGGAGCUGCUGUGAAAGCUGGUUAUCGUUCGACAAGGGGUUGGGUGGGAAGUAUCAUAAAGGAGAAAUUGAAAGUUUCCCCAAACUACAAGCCAAAGGAUAUUGCAGAUGACAUCAAACGAGAGUAUGGAAUUCAACUGAAUUAUUCUCAGGCAUGGCGUGCAAAAGAGAUUGCCAGGGAGCAGCUUCAAGGGUCCUAUAAAGAGGCAUAUAAUCAGUUACCUUUCUUUUGUGAGAAGAUAAAGGAGACUAAUCCGGGCAGUAUAGCUACAUUCUCCACAAAAGAUGACUCAAGCUUUCAUCGUCUCUUUGUGUCAUUUCAUGCAUCAAUAUCUGGUUUUGAUCAAGGUUGCCGUCCUCUCAUUUUCCUUGACAGCAUUCCUUUAAACUCAAAAUACCAAGGGACACUGUUGGCUGCUACUGCUGCAGAUGCAGACGAUGGUAUUUUUCCUAUAGCAUUUGCUGUAGUUGAUGCUGAAACAGAGGACAACUGGCUUUGGUUUUUAUUGGAAUUGAAGUCUGCAGUCUCUGCAUCUCGCCAGAUCACAUUUGUGGCAGAUUUUCAAAAUGGUUUGAAGAAAUCGUUAGCUGAGAUAUUUGAUAAAUGCUACCACAGCUAUUGCUUACGCCGUCUUGCAGAGAAACUAAAUAAAGACUUGAAAGGUCAGUUUUCUCAUGAAGCAAGACGUUUCAUGGUCAAUGAUUUUUAUGCUGCUGCUUAUGCACCCAGACUUGAGGGAUUCCAGCGCUCUGUAGAAAAUAUAAAAGGUAUAUCCCCUGAAGCUUACAAUUGGGUUGUACAAAGCGAGCCUGAGCACUGGGCAAAUGCAUUCUUUGGAGGGGCAAGGUAUGAUCAUAUGACAUCAAACUUUGGACAGCAGUUCUACAAUUGGAUAUCAGAGGCACAUGAGUUGCCAAUAACACAAAUGGUUGAUGCAUUAAGAGGUAAGAUGAUGGAAGCAAUUUAUACUCGCCGGGUGGAAUCAAAUCAAUGGAAAACUAAGUUAACCCCAUCGAAGGAGGAAAAAUUAGAAAAGGAAAUGUCAAUUGCAAGGUCACUUCAAGUGUUACUCUCACAUGGAAGCACAUUUGAAGUUCGCGGGGAAUCUGUGGAUGUUGUUGAUAUUGAUCAUUGGGACUGUAGCUGCAAGGGAUGGCAACUAACUGGUUUGCCCUGCUGCCAUGCUGUCGCGGUCUUUGAAUGCAUUGGCCGAAGUCCAUAUGAUUAUUGCUCCAGAUACUUCACAACCGAGAGUUACCGCUUAUCAUAUGCUGAGUCGAUUCAUCCUGUUCCAAAUGUUGACCGACCAGUGCAGGGUGAAUUAACUGAGGUGGGAGUUAUUGUAACCCCUCCACCAACCAAGCGUCCACCUGGCCGGCCAAAGACAAAGCAGGCUGAAUCAACUGAUAUUAUAAAGCGUCAGCUUCAGUGUAGUAAAUGCAAGGGCCUUGGCCACAAUAAGAAGACAUGCAAAGAAUCUUAGCAUACAUAGAUCGUAGGUAAAGUAGUUGUUUCCUUUUCGUAAGUAUCCCAUGCUAACCUUUUUGAUAAUUUUAAUUGGCAAUCUGUUCACAUGUUUUUGUAUGCACCGAUUGUUGAAAAGCAUCAUAUUUUGCUUGGAUGCUUGUGAUGUGAUGGCUUUUGUGUGCAUGUGUGAAUAAAAGUCAUCAUAUGCCAUG